UCCGUACAAACCAGCUUUGCAGCGAACUGAACAGACUCCACAGGUGGAUUCCACUGAUGUCGAAAUCUCCCCCAUGAUCCACCAGUAGUACGAAAUAGAGCCGAGCUGAUUCACGGACUGCCGAUGGCUGGUCCUUUCUUCCCCUUUCCAGAGCGAUUCUCCGUCUCCAGCAAGGGCCCAUCGCCCAAAAAUAUCGCAUCUUGACAUCCUCCUCAAGCUCCUGAGACCGCGACGGGUUGCAAUCUCGCCCGGUCUGAUGAUGUAGUGAGCAUGCAGAUCGGAGGGUUCGCCAGGGGUUGGCACCAAUAGCGUGGCUGCAACCGUGCCCAAACGCCCCGUUGCCAUGGCAGCGUCUUGGGGUAAACAGUGGGCUUCCGUUCCGUGCCUUACAGGGCAGAUUCAAUUGGCGUCGCUGUGCGUGUUCUUUUAUACGACCUCUUUUUCUUGAUGGGAGUCGCAUCGCUCCCCAGAAGUUCUUCACUUGAUCACAAACAGAAAUCCUCCUCCCGCAGCAACAUUUCUCUCUUCCCUCUCCAUUCUGUGAGCCGCUAUUGUUUAGACCUCUAUCCUUGCAAACCGCAUUGUCGUUAUUAAGUCCUCUAUCAAACACUGAACGAAUAGCUCGUAGAGGGUCUUUGAUUCCUUUUCCUUUUUUUUUUUUUUUUCCUCCUUCGGAUCACUCCCUCUUUCUUUCACAUCCGUCUCAGCAAUGUCAGGUCGCGCCUACGAAGAACAACACACCUACGGUGGACAUAUCCGACGUCACUCAUCGGUAGUGAACGAGAAAGGCCCUUCUUCCUUAUCGCCUCGCCGCAAGCCAGUCAGAAGCCAGAGUACGCGCGCAAGCAAUGGCACAGUUAGCACCACCAUGAGUGUAUCGACAGGAAGAAUGUCUCAAGCAACAAACAUCACACAACCUCCAUCGUACUCGAAAAAGUUUGUCGUUGUCGGCGAUGGGGGCUGCGGCAAGACUUGCCUGCUAAUCAGCUAUUCCCAAGGCUACUUUCCCGAGAAAUACGUUCCUACAGUUUUUGAAAAUUAUAUCACCCAAACUACGCAUACCCCGUCGGGCAAGACUGUUGAGCUAGCCCUUUGGGAUACUGCAGGACAAGAAGAAUACGACAGACUUCGGCCGCUCUCGUAUCCGGAAACAGACCUUCUCUUUGUAUGUUUCGCUAUUGACUGUCCGGUCUCACUGGAAAAUGUAAUGGACAAGUGGUACCCUGAAGUCCUCCAUUUCUGCCCCACCACCCCGCUCAUCUUAGUUGGCCUCAAAUCCGAUCUACGAACGAAGCGCACUUGCAUCGAACUUCUCAAGAGUCAAGGAUUAACGCCAGUCACGCCUGAACAGGGCCAAGCUGUGGCUCAACGGAUGGGCGCCUUGUAUGUGGAAUGCAGCAGCAAGGAGAUGAGAGGUGUCGAUGAGGUGUUUGAGCUUGCAGUCAACACAGCGGUGGGCAUACAAGAAAGCAGCUGGAAUUCCCACGGAGGUGGCCAUCAAGGUGGUGGCAAGAAGAUCAAGAAGCGAUCUUGCAAGAUUCUUUAGGCGAUUCGUAAACAAAACAUAACGAGCAACAGCUUUUUAGGCCACGAGCUUAUGUUUUAUGCCUGCGAGACGAUUUUCGGUAUUCGAGCGAGCGACAUGCGAAUAUUUCAGUUUGUCGAUGAUGUAUGAUGAGCAACAGGAUGAUAUGGCAUGUCCUGUUGCCAUGGGACAUCCGCUUCCCUAUUAUUUCUUUCUCUCUGGCGUGCCGUUUCUUUUAUUUUCACCGGUGACGCUAUGAUCCCAUCCUUAUCUUUGGCCCCUUAAACUACAACUCUUGUCCAUUUGUCCAUUUUCACUUCUGCUCCUCAUGAUGUGUAUCAUUCCCCUAGCGGAUUAUGUCUGUCAACUCUAAAAAUAUUUUCCUUUUACUCAUCCUGUUAUAUCACUUACCUGUUUUGCUACGAAAGCUUAUCUGGUAGGCUUUCUGGAGGAUAUUAUGCAUGGGUUCGGUGUUUAUUGAGGCUAGCUUUUUUGUACGUCGGGGAACCAGAUUAAUGCAGCAUGUGUACGACAUUGAUUAGACAAAACUAUUCAAUUCUCUUCGGGUUGGAGCGAACUUAACUAGUUCUAUAUACAUGAGACGCCAACACACCUUGAUAGGUAUUGCAUCCGUAGACGAUCAGACAAAUGAAGUAGCCAUCUCCUCCGUUAAAUGCCAAAGGAGCAAAAGAAUUCAACGGGGACCUCCACUGUCAUCAUUAAG